CUCAACAACCAGGGCCGUUGGAUCGUACCGUGUACGCUGGUUGCAAGGAGGAAAGGGUUUGGUCACAUAUGAGCGAAAGCGGUCACUUGUUGGCGCCACCGUCGCAGAGGGUGUCAAAGAGCAAUAGGAGUCCACUGACAGUGCCCAAAUCAAGAAGCCCACAAGAAGCUCUUCCUCCUGCUCCUGCCAUUCAGGGUAACGAGGGCAGAAAGUGGUCAGUUCACCGAUCAGGUACGCUGCUAUACGCAGGAGCAGCCAGAGACAACUUCGAGUACGAUCCACUUGGAGAGGUUGUGGAUGCACAGCAGAGAAAACAGUCAGAACACAGCGUAAGGAGCGGGAGUACAACAGCCAACGAGAGCGAUAGCGUGAACCUAACGUCCUCAUCACAGAGACAGGAUGAGGAGGAACAGACGAGGAGAGAACAGAUGAAGGAGAUUGGGCAGCUCGCGUCGGUGUUUUUGGAGUUGCGAAAGGGUAUCAUGGCAAGCAAGAACAUUGACAUAAGCUAUAACGAUAAGACUGAAUUCGAGAAAGAGCCACAGCGAGGCCCGCAUAUACGAUCGAUCUCACAGGGGACCUUGAGAAGGACAGAGAAGGUUAAAGCCAUGAUGAACUUGUACUACUUUGCACUGUUCCAAUCCGAAAGACCAGUCAAUCCCAAAUACGCAGGAGUCGAUGGUGUAUACAACCCUUUGCAGAUCAUAAGGAACAGGAAGAUUCGCAAGCAUUAUCACGAACCACCGCAUAUAACUACUGAAACGCUGAAGCUGCCUUCCGAAGCGUUCAGUGACUCGAAACACAAGAUCAAAUGGCAAGUUGACUUGGACGAACUCACCCAGGAUGGAACUUGGCGAACACAACAUUGGCACGAAUUACUCAACUCCUAUGGAGAUUUAUGGUUCCCCUCGGAAAAUGGUGUUGAUAAUCACCACCACCAUCACCACCAUCACCAUCGUCAUCACCAUAGUCAUCAUCCUUUGCACAACGGCGAUGCAAAGAACAACACAAUGGUUGAGGUUGAAGAAGAAGAUGAUGACAAUUUCGAAAGAUUACACGAUAAGUUAUUCCUGGAAGACCAAGAAGAAAGAGGAGACGUUGAAUAUGUGCUCCCCACAAUAAGUAGAAGGUCAAGGAUUGCCAACAAGAUUAAAAGAUCCAAAUCUCCCUUUAAGACGAUCACAGGCCCGGAUCAAUUCACAGAGAAGGAGAAGACCAAGGUUGAAGUAUCAUUGGAACCGGCAUCCAGAUUGCAGUCCCGGAGCACCGAAUCAAGCUUCUUGGAGGUGCCUGCACCUUCAAAUACGAACAUCUUGACUGAUAUAUCCAUAGAACCGAUGAAGCCCAAAGUUUCAAACCCUACAGAAGUAACCACGAGCGAAAGCGUGAGUGGAAUUUUGUCUCCACCAGAGAGCUCCAGUGAGUCGGAAGGUGAUGACUUUGCUGAUGUGAAAGUUGCCAAUCUGUAUCUUCGGAAGUUACGCCAUCUCAACUGCAUUGCUGGAUUCAGUGGACAGAACGAUAUUAUCAGAGAAGAACAGUACAAGAGAUUCAUCAAUUACGAUGACCUAUUCAACGAAGGAGAGGAUCUGGAGACCAUGAUAGGGGACUUAAGGGACACCUACCUGCCAGAGUACGAGUCUUCGCUGUCGACGAAACUGGAGAAGGUUGAUAAGAUCCACGACGAGUUGGCGAACAUAUACUCCACGAAAGUGGACAAGCUAUUACUCUUGUCAGAUCGUACCAUCGGUGAGGUGAAUACCACACUAUCGCUGGAGGUACGUAAACUCACAGAGAGGUUUGGAAAGCUGGGCCCACUGCACAAGAGAAGCGAUUCUUUGGUUUCAUUUGCGUACUGGUUACUGGAGAACUUGGUUGUCUUGCUCCUGUGGAUGAUCUGGGUCGGCUUUUCCAUAGGGAGAUUGAUACGAUCCGUGAUACUGCUGCUAUGGAGGAUCGUUAAAUGGGUUUUGUUUUGAAUCAGAGACAUUGCCCAAGUGCUAGAAUUCGUAAUAAUGUGAUGACCUGUAAUGCUUGAUGCGUAGACUGGUGUCCGGAUGUGUCUGUUAAGCCUUUCCAAACACCGUUGUGGUGCGAACCAAUUUUGCCCCACGUUCCUUUGCGACUCUUCUGGAUUUGUAAUGGGCUCU